AUGAACUGGGCCAUUGGGUGCCUGGUGGCCAGUGGGCCAGUACCUAAUUUGACCAUGUGGCUUCAGGACGUUACAGUGGCGGUUUUUGGGUUUACAGGAGGUGUGACACAAAUAAUUCGGGUUGAUUCACAUCAAGACGUGGGGAAAUCUGGUAAUUUAGAAGAAAUGUCUUCUUCUUUGAAAUUAACGUCGAUAGGAGGAUCAUUCAUAGAAACAUUUAUUAAAUUCAAAACAGUUGUAUUUAAGACUAUUUUGAAUAUACAUUAUUAA